AUGGAACGAAGCCAACUGCUAGCUGCUUCUCCCAACCCUCUUUGUCUUGUACAGACCGCCGAAGCUACACCAAAGCCUCCAUCAAACGACGAAACUUGCCAAGCCGACUUUCCGGAUUUCGAGAAAGAAGAUGCCGUUGACUGGAAUUUCUGGCUCACCCCCGAAGCACUCAGCGGAGAAGGCCCACCGCCACUUGGAUGA